AUGCAGAAUGAGAUUGUGGUGGAGAAGGAGCAGAUGAUGAAAAAGAAGAAGGUGGUGGUGAUGGAGGAGAAGGUGGUGGAGAAAAAGGAAGAACAGAAAGAGAUAAUGCAGAAGGAAGAGGUGGAGAAGGAGGAGGAGGUGAUGAAAGAGGAGAAGGUGGUGGAGGUGAUGAAAGAGGAGAAGGUGGUGGUGGAGAAAAAGAAAAGAAAAGAUACCAGCACCCGACUGUCAGAGAAGGAGCUCUGGAGAAGGAAAAUUAUCGCCAGAAGGCUAUCUGCAGCAAAGUUUCUGUUUGAGCAAAUAAAGGAGGAGGAGGAGGACAAGAUGAAAGCUGAGGAAGAGAACAAUGAGGAGAAAAUAAAAUACAUUGGAAAGGAGGAGGAGGAGGAGGAGGUGAAGAAAAAGAGAAGGAGGAGGCGGCCAAGAAAAAACUGCAUGUUGGAAGAAGUGGAGGAGAUGGAAGGAAAGGAAAGUGAGGACAAAGAGAAUCACAUUGAGGAGAAAGAGCAAAUGAAUGACAUUGAAAAGGAGGAGGAGGAGGAGGAGGUGAAGAAGAAAAAGAGAGGAGGAGGCGGCCAAGAAAAAACUGCAAAGUGGAAGAAGUGGAGGAGAUGGAAGGAAAGGAAAGUGAGGAGGUGGAGAAUCACAUUGAGGAGAAAGAGCAAAUGA